AUGGACUCGUCCAUUGUGAUAGUUCCCACACGUGAACUGGCUCUGCAGGUCAGUCAGAUCAGUAUUCAGAUCAGCAAGCACCUGGGUGGUGUCAAGGUCAUGGCAACCACAGGUGGGACCAACCUACGAGAUGAUAUCAUGCGGCUGGAUGAGGAGGUUCAUGUUGUUAUAGCAACACCUGGCAGAAUUUUGGACUUGAUAAAAAAGGGCAUAGCCAAAGUGGAUAAAGUGCAGAUGAUGGUUAUGGAUGAAGCUGAUAAGCUGCUCUCUCAGGACUUUGUGGUUAUUAUUGAGGACAUCAUUGGUUUCCUUUCAAAGAACAGACAGAUUCUGCUCUAUUCAGCCACAUUCCCCAUCAGCGUACAGAAGUUUAUGGCAAAGCACCUGCAGAAGCCCUAUGAGAUUAAUCUGAUGGAGGAACUGACCCUGAAAGGCAUUACUCAGUACUAUGCUUAUGUCACAGAAAGACAGAAAGUCCACUGCCUUAACACACUGUUCUCCAGGUUGCAGAUAAAUCAGUCCAUUAUCUUUUGUAACUCUACUCAGCGAGUGGAGCUUUUGGCCAAGAAGAUCACGCAGCUGGGCUACUCCUGCUUCUACAUUCAUGCGAAGAUGAUGCAGGAAUACAGAAACCGUGUUUUCCACGACUUCAGAAACGGGCUCUGCAGGAACCUUGUUUGCACAGAUUUAUUCACUAGAGGCAUUGAUAUCCAGGCAGUAAAUGUGGUCAUCAACUUUGACUUUCCCAGGAAUGCAGAAACAUACCUGCAUCGCAUCGGACGCUCAGGCAGGUUUGGACAUCUGGGUUUGGCAAUCAAUCUCAUUUCCGCUGAGGAUCGCUUUAACCUGAAGACCACUGAGGACCAGCUGAUGACGGACAUAAAGCCCAUUCCUGGCAGCAUUGAUAAGAGCCUGUAUGUGGCAGAGUUUCACUCUGUGAACCCUGACUGUGAGGCAGAGGCACCUCAGCCCGGCGAAGGGUCUGAAGCUCAGUAGGAAGCACCAUUAGAGAGCAGGGCAGUUGGAGAAACUGAACCAGACUUUUGCAUCUGCUUUUGCACAAACCAGUAACUUUUCUGCUCAUAACUUUCCUCAUCUUUUCCACCUCCACAGUAUUUUUCAUUUUUUGUUGCUGUCAGUGUUUUGCUCUUUUUUUUUUUUUUUUGCGUUCAUUGUACAUUUUUGGGGUGGUUAUACCCUCUUCAUAAAUGGCCAUACACAUUCCAGUUGAGACAUGCAAGAAUAAAAACAAAACAUUCAGAGAAAAGUUCUGUUUGAUAGAAAACAAUAAACAAAGGUAAUGGUGAAAAUAGAGCGUAGCGUACUUGCAUCAUUAGUUGAGAAUUUACACACAAACCCUUGAACAAAACCUGUUGAACACAAGUGCCUUAAUAUAUAUCGUCUCUGUCUUAGAUUAAUAUGUUAUUGCUGUGUUAAAGUAUGCCCAAAGACUAAACAGGAUUUUGCAGCAUAUUGGUGCUACUGGAUACUGUGAAAGAAUUAUUGGUAUUGAUUUAUUGAUGAGAAGCAUUUUCAAAUUCUCUUCAUAUUCAGUCUUCGGCAGCUAGAGAAACCAGCAUCCAUGGAAAUAUUGCAGAGCUCAGGAUUCAGGUGUCAACAUGAACCAUUGCACUAAACUGCCUGAGAAAAAAAACUUUCGUAGUGCUUUUUGUAGUUUCAUUAGUAGUCACAGACAAAUGUACAUUUGGAAUUCAUAAAGAAAUAUAGAUGUAAAUUAUGGUUUCAAACAGAGACUAAAUUUGUGCAAUUUGUUUGUAUCUUGUGAUGUUUUUUAUAUAUAUAUAUAUAUAAUUCUUAAAACAUUAUAUUAGACAUUACUAACUUAAACAGGCAUGGCGAAACUGGCAUAAUGUGAAAGAUGUCAGACUACUACAUGAAAGCUGAUUUAAAAAUUCACCACAAUGCAGUCAUUAUACAUUAGCAGAUCCUCACAUAUGUAUGUAUAACUAUGUUAAAUGGUUUGUCAAAAGAGUCUGUUUGGUUUCUUUUUUUUUUCUUCAUUUAAAGGUGUAAGUAAAGGUGAGAAGGUGUUUUUUUUCUCUCAAAAAUAGCAUAUUUUACAGUUUACAUUUCUUUUGAAAUUAAUGAAUGUAUAAAGUUGGUAAUGAACGGACUUUACUACAUUAUU